CCCGCCCCCGCCGCCGCCGCCUCAGUCACCGGUCCCGGGGCUCGGCCGGGCCGUCAUGGAGCGGGGCGGGACCCCGGCGCCCGCCGCGUGAGAGCUGCGCCGCCCGGGCUCCCCGCGGCCUCCGGAUCCGCCGCUGCCCCCUCGGCCUCGGCAGCCGGUCGCCGCCUCCUGGGCGGACCCGAAGGCGCGUCCGGUGAAGGUGCAGGCCGGGCGCCGCCGCCGCCGCCGCCGCCGCCGCCGCCGCCGCCGCGGUCGGGAGAUGGUUCGGGCCUAGCGGAGCGGGGACUGGAGCAACAUGAACCGUGAAGACCGGAAUGUGCUGCGCAUGAAAGAACGGGAGAGGCGGAAUCAGGAAGUUCAGCAGGGCGAAGACGCCUUCCCACCUAGCUCUCCUCUCUUUGCUGAGCCAUACAAAGUUACCAGCAAAGAAGAUAAGCUAUCAAGUCGUAUUCAGAGUAUGCUUGGAAACUACGAUGAGAUGAAGGAUUACAUAGGAGACAGAUCUAUACCAAAGCUUGUUGCAAUUCCCAAGCCUGCGGCACCAGCGACAACAGACGACAAAGCAAACCCAAAUUUUUUUGAACAGAGACAUGGAGGCUCUCAUCAGAGUAGCAAAUGGACUCCUGUAGGACCUGCACCCAGCACUUCUCAGUCUCAGAAACGAUCUUCUGGCUUGCAGAGUGGACACAGUAGCCAGCGGACCAGUUCAGGUGGUAGUGGCACUAGUAGUAGUGGCCAAAGGCAUGACCGUGACUCAUACAGCAGUAGCCGGAAAAAAGGCCAGCAUGGGUCAGAGCACUCCAAGUCACGAUCCUCAAGCCCUGGAAAACCCCAGGCUGUUUCUUCCCUAAGUUCCAGUCAUUCCAGAUCUCAUGGGAAUGAUCACCAUAGCAAGGAACAUCAGCGCUCCAAAUCACCUCGGGACCCUGAUGCCAAUUGGGAUUCUCCUUCCCGUGUACCUUUUUCAAGUGGGCAGCAUUCAAGUCAGUCUUUUCCACCUUCUUUGAUGUCAAAAUCUAGUUCAAUGUUACAGAAACCCACUGCCUAUGUACGGCCCAUGGAUGGACAGGAGUCUGUGGAACCAAAGCUGUCCUCCGAGCACUACAGCAGCCAGUCUCAUGGUAACAACAUGACUGAGCUGAAGCCCAGCAGCAAAGCACAUCUCACCAAGCUGAAAAUACCUUCCCGACCUUUGGAUGCGUCAGUUUCUGGUGAUGUAAGCUGUGUGGAUGAAAUACUUAAAGAGAUGACGCAUUCAUGGCCUCCCCCUCUAACGGCUAUUCAUACACCAUGCAAAACAGAACCUUCCAAAUUUCCUUUUCCAACUAAGGAGUCUCAGCAGUCUAACUUUGGCCCUGGAGAACAAAAAAGAUACAAUGCUUCCGCUAAAACAUCAAAUGGACACCAGUCAAAAUCCAUGUUAAAAGACGACUUAAAGCUAAGCAGCAGUGAAGACAGUGACGGGGAGCAGGAUUGUGAUAAGACUAUGCCAAGGAGUACACCCGGAAGUAACUCCGAACCUUCACAUCAUAAUAGUGAGGGAGCAGAUAACUCUAGGGAUGACUCCAGCAGCCACAGCGGAUCUGAGAGCAGCUCUGGAUCUGACUCGGAGAGUGAAAGUAGCUCCAGUGACAGUGAGGCAAAUGAGCCAUCCCAGAGUGCAUCUCCUGAGCCUGAACCACCACCAACAAACAAGUGGCAACUUGAUAAUUGGUUGAACAAAGUGAACCCACAUAAAGUGUCUCCAGCUUCUUCUGUAGACAGUAACAUCCCAUCCUCUCAAGCCUACAAAAAGGAAGGCCGAGAACAGGGUGCUGUAAAUAACUACACUGAUCCUGGCGGGCCGAAAGAAACAAGUUCGGCUACUCCUGGACGAGACUCUAAAACCAUCCAAAAGGGGUCAGAGAGUGGUCGUGGGAGGCAGAAGUCUCCUGCACAAAGUGACAACACCACACAGAGGAGAACUGUGGGCAAAAAACAACCCAAAAAAACUGAGAAGUCAGCUGCUGAAGAGCCCCGGGGAGGCCUGAAGAUAGAAAGUGAGACCCCUGUAGACAUGGCUACCAGCAUGCCCUCCAGCAGGCACAAAGCAGCCACCAAGGGCUCAAGGAAACCCAACAUCAAAAAGGAGUCGAAAUCUUCCCCUCGACCUAUAGCAGAGAAAAAGAAAUACAAGUCAGCAAGUAAAUCCUCCCAGAAAUCUCGGGAAAUCAUAGAAACAGAUACCUCGUCCUCAGAUUCAGAUGAAAGUGAGAGUCUCCCUCCCUCCUCACAGACUCCUAAGUACCCUGAAAGCAAUAGGACUCCUGUUAAACCCUCCUCAGUGGAGGAAGAAGAUAGCUUUUUUCGGCAACGAAUGUUCUCUCCUAUGGAAGAGAAGGAGCUCCUUUCCCCACUCAGUGAGCCUGAUGACAGGUAUCCACUUAUUGUGAAGAUUGACCUGAAUCUGUUGGCUAGAAUACCUGGGAAGCCUUACAAAGAAACAGAACCACCCAAGGGGGAAAAGAAAAAUGUGCCAGAAAAACAUGUGAGAGAGGUGCAGAAGCAAGCCUCAGAAAAGGCUUCCAACAAAGGCAAGAGGAAACACAAGAAUGAUGAUGAUAACCGAGCCAGUGAGAGCAAAAAACCCAAAACAGAGGACAAGAACUCAUCGGGCCACAAGCCAUCCAGCAACAGAGAGUCAUCUAAGCAGAGUAGCGCAAAAGAAAAGGACUUGCUGCCCUCACCUGCUGGGCCCGUUCCUUCAAAAGAUUCAAAAUCAGAGCAUGGCUCUCGGAAGAGGACUGUCAGUCAGUCGUCUUCCUUAAAGUCCAGCAGUACCAGCAACAAGGAGAAUAGUGGCAGCAGCAAGAACAGUUCCUCCACAUCAAAGCAGAAGAAGACCGAAGGGAAGGUUUCCAGCAGCUCCAAAGAGGCCAAGGAAAAGGCUCCAAAUAGCUCCUCUAACUGUCCUCCGUCUACACUAACUCCUGAUUCUUCAAAGCCUCGGAGAACAAAGCUUGCCUUUGAUGACAGAAAUUAUUCAGCAGACCAUUAUUUACAAGAAGCAAAAAAACUCAAACACAAUGCGGAUGCUUUGUCUGACAGGUUUGAGAAGGCGGUGUACUACCUUGAUGCUGUGGUGUCUUUCAUUGAGUGUGGGAACGCUCUAGAGAAGAGCGCGCAGGAAUCCAAGUCCCCGUUCCCUAUGUACUCAGACACGGUGGAACUCAUCAAAUACACUAUGAAACUAAAGAAUUACUUGGCACCAGACGCUACAGCUGCAGACAAGAGACUCACAGUACUUUGCCUGAGAUGCCAGUCACUGUUGUACCUGAGACUGUUCAAACUGAAGAAGGAGAAUGCUCUGAAGUACUCUAAGACACUGACUGAGCACCUGAAGAAUUCUUACAGUAAUUCUCAAGCACCUUCACCUGGCUUGGGGAGCAAAGCUGGGAUGCCUUCCCCUGUUUCUCCAAAGCUGUCUCCAGGCAAUUCCGGAAGUUACUCUUCUGGGGGCAGCAGUGCUUCAGCAAGUGGUUCUUCAGUGACCAUUCCACAGAAGAUCCACCAGAUGGCAGCAAGCUACGUCCAGGUUACAUCCAACUUCCUCUAUGCCACCGAAAUUUGGGACCAAGCUGAACAGCUCUCCAAAGAGCAAAAAGAAUUCUUCUCUGAAUUGGACAAAGUGAUGGGCCCUCUCAUCUUUAAUGCAAGCAUCAUGACAGAUCUGGCUCGUUACACCCGGCAGGGACUACAUUGGCUUCGGCAGGAUGCCAAGUUGAUAUCUUGAACUGAACAUAUUCUCGUUGCCUCUAAUUUCUCCACAACACUGUGUCACAUCACAAAGGAAAACUGCCAUAACACACCACCUAGUCGACGCUAAGAAUGAGAAAUGGUUUUCUCCUCUUUGGUUUAUGUUAUUUCUAAUAACCCAAAGCCAUCAAAUCAAUUUUGACCCUUCCAAUAUUCCCAAUGUAACAAGUAUUUAAAUGCUUCUAAACCUGAAGUACAUCAGCAAGAUGGUUUCAGUAAUUGGAAUUCCAGUUACAGUUCAUAAAUAAUCAAGUAAAAUUCUAUUUAUUUUCUUUUUUUUUUUUUUUGAAGUUCCCACAUUGGAACUUGUUUAAAACUUAGUUAUUUUUGCCUAUAGAUUUAUUCUGUUGAAUAUUUAGCAUAAAUUUAAUGUAGGCAUUUAAUUUAUAUAUUUUGGGAGCUGUGUUACUUAAUGUCUUCUAAGAUAAUAGUGGGCUUGUCUAAGACAGGACCUUUUCUUUCUAUAGCUACUUACCUGAUGUUAUUUCAAGUCUUACUUCAGUUUUAUUAUUGUGGGAUUUAUGCUUGUAUUGAGGAUGCUCUUUCACAUGUGAAAAGUUGCUUAAACAUGAGAAGAUGGCAUUCUACAUGGGUGCAAAAAUGGAGUGGGUCUGGUUUGGUAUGCAUUAUUUCAAAGCUGUGAGUGUGUUAGUAACACUAGCAAUCACAAGGUGACUACGUUGCAUCUGAUGCAUUACAGAAAAGCAGACAGGCUUGCCGGGGAAGCACGGCAGACUGGAUGGCUUCAUAAAGGACAAUCUUAAACUCUGAGUUUAUUCAAACCUUACACGCUUUUUUGUUUUACUCAUUUGACACUUAAUUGAAGCAGAGUAAGUUACUCCUAAAACAGUGAUCCAGUUUCUGAAGGUUGCAGCCUUUGUUCUUUGAUAAUACUUGAGGGUUCAAGUCUGCAGAUGUCCUCUAUGGUGGAGAGAUUGUGAUGCUCGGAGAUGACCAUGCAGUAACUGGAACUUGAAAGGGGGUGUCCCAAUGUCUAAAGUGGAGGUGAUGAAUUUCUCUUUCCAAAGAUCCUCAGCAAUGAUGUAUGCUUCUGACAGAAUCAGAAAACCCGCAGUAGCAGCUGGGCAUGUUUGUGCAUGCCUGUAAUUCCAUCACUGGGGAGUGGUGACAGGAGGAUCAGGGGUUCAAGACCAUCCUCAAGCUACAUAGAGCUAGACAGUAAGUUUAGGGCUAGCCUGGACUACAUGAUCCCUUGUCACAUUAAAAGAAAUAAGAAAGAAAAUUCAUACUAGAAAAGUACCUAACGUGGCUCAAUAUGAGCUCUCUUGGAAAGGGGGAAAUAAUAGAGAUAGUGCUUAGGAAGCCAGCUCUGUAACAAUUCCUUAUCAAACUACUGUUCCCGACAAGGUGCGUGUAGCAGUGAAGGGAGAGGAAUGUCUCUCUUCCUCUAUACUUUUUAGUGACCCCGUCAUGUCUGGUGUGCCUUAAAUCUUAACUUUAAAUGAUAACUCUAUGGAUUGUUUACAGAUAAAGUUUUACGCUGGGACCAGAUUAGCCAUGCAUGGUUGGUCCUCUACAAUAAUAAUUUUAAAUUCUCUUUGAUUUUAAAUCUUCCUUUAGAGUCAUAUUUACGAUAGAUUCCUUCAGAAAAGCUAGUGCUUUGGUACCUGACUUAGUAUAAUCAAUUGGAUAUAAUGCUGCUUCAAAAAAAAAAAAAAUGGCUUUUCCUUCUCAUUCCAAAAAUCCAUCCAGUUAGGGAGAAAAAAAUCCCUAUUAUCAGCAGAUGAUUGUUCAGACUUGAAAUGGGAAAGGGAAAGAGAGAUAGAGAAUCUUCACAUCUAGUGGUGUCGCAAACCCUCUCUUUAGUCUGUUUUACCACCUAUUUUUGAAGAGAGUGAACUUUGUCCUGCAGUCUCAUAUUUACAGAGCUUAACUGCUUUGUACCUCAUUAUUUUUACAUACUGUUUAGGGUUAAUAUCUACACUUACGCUGAAUUUAACAUUUUCCCCUUGGAGAAAUUGCCUCUGUCCCUUUCUAAUUUAGUCGUACUGUGCUUAAGGAGUGCUUUUUCUUCAGAGGCCGUCGUUUCCUCUCUUGUGCUCGUAACUUACGUGGUCUAACAGCUGUGUGCCCAGUCCUUGCCUCUCUUCUCUCACUCUGGCUCCUUAAUUUCAGGGAGGUCUUAGAACAAGCGGCCUCUAGGCUUUUAGCCUUCAACAGCUACACUGCUGGGUUCUGCUGUCCAACUCUGGUCUGUGUGUGCUGCAAGGCAGCCAGUACACUCUAGAGUGAUUCUGAUGUCAUGUUAAAAGCAGAGACUUCUACGUGAUCAUGGUGCUGCUUUGAGAUAUUUUCUCUUUAAAACUGUCAGUUCUCGAAGAAUGAAAUUGUUAAGCCUUUCAUUGUGGAGGAUUUUCCCCACCUGGUGGAAAUGGGCAAUGGAUCAAAAUCCAAUCCUAAGUGACUGAAUUCUUGCUGUCCUAGUGUGGGAGAAUGCACUCUCUUUGUGUCUCUUCUCUGUUCUGUUUCAGUCAUGUCCAGCACAUACCUUGGACUCCUUUACAAGUGAUCAUUCCUCCCCUCUGAGUAGGUGCCCUCAGUGUUUUUUAGCCAUUUAAAGCUGAUUUGACAAGUGGCCACAAACUUAGUCUGAAACUUGUAUUCACUGUAUAGUUAUUAAUAGAAAUAGCAACUAUCCUUAAUACUCAGUUCACUGCUCUUAAGAUGACAUUUCUAUGCCAGGAGGCAGCAGCGUGCACCAUUGGACUCUCUGGACAGGAGCCCACACUAUUGCAGUGAUGGAGCUGUCACAGUAGUCCUGCCUGGGAGAGGCUGGGCCGUGGGGGCACUCCCCUCCAGGCAUUCAAGAUUACACAGCCUAGCCCAUUCUGGCUGGAGAGCACCCAGCCCUUUCCUUGCUCAGUGGCACCUUUUUCUGGGCAAGAAGCUAUGAAGUCACUUUAUUAUCCAUGCGUGCUUCAAAUAAAUUCAAAGAUACAGCUGCUGAAGGGAGAAAAUUGACCACUACUGAUUUAAUUCUCCAAUCGAAAAGCAAUUCAGAGUACCGCAUGCACACAUCCACACUUGCCUGUUUUUCUGGGAAACUCGUUCACUAGGGAUUUAUAGGCAUCUGGGCUGCACUUUGAAUGUCACACUUGUGACUUUAGAGUAGCUAUUGAUUUUGUGUUCGUUUGUUUUUAAAUUGUUCUUCAUUUCUUUUCAUUAAAGGUUUACUCAGCUAGCUUAGACAGCAUCGUUUGUAUUCAAUAGCUGAAACCUUGGUACAUUGACAUUUAAUGCGUGAGCUUGUGUUAUGUAGCCAGAGCCUACAAAGGCUCUUGUCAGGAGUAGGCACACUAGCUGAGGCUGGUGCUCAGAGUCUGUAGUGCAAGCAGCGAUAGCGCGAUCGGGUGAUGCCUAGCUCGUUGAGAAGGGGAUGCUGUGCACUCUUGUAGGUGUGAGGGCAUGCAGCUUCGGAUCUUGAAAUGAUGUACACAUACACACUUUAUAUAUAUAUGUACGUAUGUAUGUAUGAAACAUGGAAUUAGUUUGUCAAAAAUGUGUGUGGUUAGUAUUUUAGCUUAGUGCAACUAUUUCCACAUUAUUUAUUAAAUUGAUCAAAGACACUUUGUUCUUGGCACCUUGAAUGUUAACAUUCGAGCGUGCAGUGUGUAUUCCUUUAGAUUGUUAAAGCUUAAUUACUAUGAUUUGUAGUAAAUUAACUUUUGAAAUAUAUUUGAGCCCUUCUGUAGUGUAAUAGGGCUCUCACAGGGUGGGAAGAUUUUAAUUUUCCAAUAGCUAAUUGAACAAAAUGGCUUCAUUGUGUAUUUUGAUUUAUAGGCGUCUGUAGGUGUCUGGGUCCCAAGGACAUCUACUGAGGAUAACUGUUUUAGGCGGGUGUAGUGGUUUUAGACUAAAGCUAAGUGACUUGGAGAGCUGGAGCACCUUGUUCAGAUCCAGAUCCCUGUGACUCAUGCUCCUCUAGGAUUUGAAACACAAGUCCCAGUCAGUUUCACAUCUCAGUUGGAGAGGCAGACUUCUUUUCCAGUAACAUUGCCCACCGAGUGUUGCUGUGGGUAAAAUCAGUAGAAAAGGUAAUAAACAUCUGGGAAGAUCCCUGAAGAGGCCAGUUGUCACAUUUGUGAAUGUACCUUUUACAUGCUUACCAGUGGAGACGUUCGGCUUCAACUUUUCAGACCCUAAAACCAAGCCAGCAAGUAACAAGUCCUUAAGAUUGGAGAAGGCCAGGAGCUCUGGUCUGAGGCAGAGGUCACCCUUUGCUAGGUAGAGAGCUUGAGCCACCGAGAGCCACUCUCUAAAAACUAAAUACGUUUGAGAGUUACUUGGUGAAGCAAGUGUAGCGGUGCAGGCUUUAAUUCUAGCACUUGGGCUGUCGGUUUGAGACCAGCGUGCAGCACACAGAGACCCUGCUGAGAAAAGCAAAGUGGAGGAAGAGGCUGCCGGUCUGUGGGAUUCCCGUCUGCAUGAGCCCUGGCUUUUACUAAAAAGAACCUGCUGCCUCUAGAGCAGGGAUGGGAAUAGAAGCUACACCUCUCUUGUAAAUGGAAUUUAGAACAAGGUGUUCAGGUGAAGUCUCUACUAGUCAGAGUUUCAGCAGCUUAAAUUGCCAAUAUUUAAGAAGUUGACUUUCAGAACUAUCUGCAUGCGCCUCUCUCCUUGCUGCCAUUGCUCAGCUAAGCAGAGAUCAUCAUCCUUAAACACAGAGGAAGCUCUCAGAUGAGCAUGGACAAGCUCAGAAAUCCCAAUAGUACUUGGUUUAGACCGCGCUGCUUCUGUAUUAGGUUUCUUCUCAGCUUUUAGCCGCUGGGGCUCUCUGCCUGUUCUGUACCUCUUUGGAAGACGUCAAUUUGGAGGUGCUGCCUUUCAAACCAGUGCCAUGGCGUCCAUAUUGUUGAGCUUGUUGCUGACUCAAAGGUGUCCCCAUUAUGCUCACACUUGGCACGUCAGUGACAUGAGCAUUCAACAGUGCUGGGGUGGGGGUGGGGCCUGUGAAGGCCCACUUGAGGGUGAGACACCGGGUUGGUAAGCACAGUUAGGGAAAUUUCUACUUAGCCUCCGUUUUGAAUGAUUUUGAGAAAUUUUAUAUAUGGAGGAUGGAAAUGCUUAUAUAUUUAUUGAUGAUCUUUUUAUUUGAAAUUAAAAUCAUUUGGUAAAUAAUGGUUUGAUAUUUGGGGAGGGUUUUGGAGGGGCAGUUAAGAUGGUUGAUACAGUACAGGCCUGGUGACUCUUCAGAAAGGUGCUGUUGCUCAUAGGAGGGAGGCCAUUAUUUUGUACAUGAUUGAAUCUUUGUGUUAUGUUUUUUUUAUCCAAAAUAUUUAGGCAUCUGACACUUUCAACCAAAAUUUCAGUUAUAUACUGUGAUUUUUAUUUGUUGCAAUACAUUAAAAUUCAGAGGUACUUUGGGGCUCAAAAGCUAGAAUUUCUAAGUCAGUAUGUGCAUUUCACAUAAUAAGCUGUUAAUGGUGAGCAAAGUAUUAUAUACUAACUAGAUUUUCCACAUCUGUAUAGUAUAUUAUAUGUAUUUUGUGGUAUUGAGAUUAUAGAAAGUUUAGAGUGUCAAACAUGCGUUUAAUGUGUAUUUUUAAACAAAUUUAUGGCGAUUAAAAUAUUUGGAGACAAGGGUAUCACAUUUCAAUUUGUAAACUCUUUUUAACUCUGUGUCAUUAUAAUGCUUUGUAUAAUGCCAAACCAUAGCUGGAGAAACUAAGUUUAAUAAAUAUCAGAUAGCUUUUCUGUA